AUGAUGGAGAAUCAGCCGCCCCUCACAUCACCGGAUGGAUCCAGUAUUGGGAACCCACCAGAGAGAUGUCCCCAUCUGAUUAAAAUGAAAGUUGAGGAUAAAAAGGAAGAAGUAGAGAUGAAUGUGAGGAGUGAUCAGCAGUCUAUGGAGGAGAAGGGAAUAAGGAUAAUUAUUAAAGAGGAGGAAUCAUUUCUAGAUAUGGGUGCAGGUAGAGGAGGUGUCCAAAAUACCUCAGAGGGACAUCUUGGUUUAUACCUCAAUAAUAACGCGGAAGAUAGCGGCAUCACACAGUAUUCCCCAACAGUGAACCUUGACCCUCGAAAUAUCCAUCUCAGACCUGACUCUCCGGAUAGACUGACAGAUCUCUCCAACCUUAAAGAGUCCCAAACUUUCCCCAAACCACUUCAUCCAAGACUUUACAGUGCAGAUACCUCCUCAGAUCUGUCUAAUCCCUGUGGAUCGUCUAACAGUAAAUCGGAGUCUUCUCCUGCUGUAGAUCCAAGCUCGCACACAGGCGAGUAUCCAAUUCCGUGUUCAGAGUGUGGGAAAUGUUUCAUAUGGAAAAGAGUCCGCACAAGCGAGGGUCUUUUCUCAUGCUCAGAGUGCAGAAGCUCCAGUUGCAAACAAGACCUUCCCCAUCCCGUCCAGGAGAAACAUUGCAAAGGCGAGCGUCCCUUUUCCUGUUCAGAGUGCGGGAAAUGCUUCAUUCAGAAAGGCGACCUUCUCAGACAUCAUAGAAUUCACACGGGGGAUCGUCCUUUUUCAUGUUCACAGUGCGGUAAAUGUUUCACCCAGAAAGGAGACCUUCUUAGACAUCAGAGAAUUCACACGGGGGAUCGCCCUUUUUCGUGUUCGGAAUGCGGCAAAUCCUACAUCCAGAAAGGAAAUCUUCUCAGACACCAGAAAAUGCACACGGGCAAGCGUCCUUUUUCGUGUUCGCAGUGCGGGAAAUCUUUUAUCGAGAAAGGAGACCUUCUUAGGCAUCAGGGGAGCCACACAGGUGAGCAUCGCUUUUCGUGUUCGGAGUGCGGGAAAAGCUUUCCGUGGAAAACCUACCUACUUAGACACCAGAGAAUUCACACAGGGGAACGUCCGUUCUCAUGUUCGGACUGCGAGAAACGUUUCCUUCAGAAAAGGGAUCUCCUUAGACACCAGAAAAAACAUUGUACGAGCAUUAUCACGGGAAAUGUUCUUCACUGAAAUCACAUGUAUGGUGGUAUUUCAUAGGGUGUUCCAUCUGUAGAACAAUUGUAUAAUAAAGAGGAGGACAUUUUAGUCCUUUUUUUUCGGCUUUAUUUAAUUAUUUGUUCAAAUUACAACCUACUCUUCUAUAUGUAUACACCCGAGACCUAUAAAUUAUUGUCUAAAAAAGA